CCGCCCUCCGCCUCGCCUUGCCCGCCGCGGUGCGCCCACCUGGGGAACUCAAAGCUGCACCAACAGCCCGCGCGCCCCUUCGCAGCCCGGAGCUGCGGGGCAUGCGCUCUGCGGCGGCGCCGCCCUCCCCCACCCUUGCCGCGGCAGAGUUAUGCCAAGUAUGUGAGGAGCCCGAGAGGGCCAGCGUCGGUCAUGGGGAGCCGCCGCCGCCGCCGCCUCCGCGAGCGCAGCUUUCUGGCGAGCGGGGUUCCGAGUUCUCCCCGCACCGGGGGCGAGCCUGGCUGCUGAGGCAGAGAGGGAUGACGGACCCUCUGAGGAAAACGCUGUCCAGGCUCCGGGGGAGACGGGGUCCCCACGCCACCGGACGGCUCGGACUCCGGGCGGCCGCAGCAGCCACCGUGGCGGCCUCUUCGGCUGCCGAGGGAGACGCGGGUGGUACCCGGGACGCCCCCUCAGGCGAGCGUGCCAGCGGAGCUCGGCCGAACCUGGAGCGGCCCCAGCCGUCGCCUCAGGCGUGGGGUCCUGAGGCGGGGGUCCCGGGAGGGCGGCCGGAGAGGUCGGGGGCGCUCGGGCCUGCGCUGCGCGGCUGGAAGGAGGCCACCCCCCCGGGCGGCGGGCUCACUCGUGCCUCUCUGUACGCCCCGCCGGGCUCCGAGGGCAGCGGAGAGGACGAGGAGGAAGACGCCGACUACUACGAGAACCUGCCGGGAGACUUCCAGCCUGCAUCCAAGCCUGAUGGGGCGGAGGCGGAGCUGUGGCCCCCGCCUCCCCUGGCCGUGGGCUCCUCCCCGGGGGCGGAGGGCGGCCGCCUGGAGACAGGCAGGCUGCAGACCCAGUUGCGAGAGGCCUAUUAUUUGCUGAUCCAGGCCAUGCACGACCUGCCCCCUGACUCCGGCGCGCGGCGGGGCGACCGGGGCUGGGCAGAUCGCGGUUGCCCUGCGGGAGCCCGGGCUCCGGGCCAGCCGCCUUCCCCCUGCGGCGCGGCGGACCGCCGAGCCUGCCCCCGAGACUGGGAGCGCGGAGGCGGCGGCCGCCCUUGGCAGCAGGUGUCCCCGCCCCGGUCGCCUCCUGGGGAGUCGGGGGGAGGCCGCCCACGGACUCCUCGGAUGCGGCUGUCCUGCAGCAGAAGUCUCGACAGCCUCCAGGUGGGUGCCAAAACGCCUCCCUUCCAGCGGUGGCCGAGCGACAGCUGGAUCUGGUGCGGUACGCGCGGGGAGCCAGACGAGCCGCCGCCACGUGGAGGCGGGAUGCACGGCUGGAGCGGAGGCAGCGCCCGGGCCGCGGCGCCCUCGGGGCCCCGGCUUCCCAGAUCCGAGGACCCUGGCCGCUCCACGGGAAGCCGCGGCAAAGGGGACGGCCAGGAGGGGCUCCCCUUCCUCAGGCCGCCCGCGGUGACAGUCAAGAAGCUGCAGAAGUGGAUGUAUAAAGGACGUCUGCUGUCCUUGGGAAUGAAGGGUCGGGCCCGUAGGACACCCCCCGAUGGCACGGGUGCUCAGGCAACCGCUUCAAAUCUGGGCGCUUUGAAAAUGCGGGAAAGCCAGGUCCUGUCGGUGCCUCCAGACCAAAGAAUUACGCUGACAGAUUUAUUUGAAAAUGUCUGUGAGUCUUCAAUGAAGAGAAAUGAACUUAAGGAUCUGAAGGAUAAUACUGGCUUCAGGGGUCAUAAGCCACUUAACAGCAUCACUGUGUCAAAGAAACGCAAUUGGCUAUAUCAAAGUACUGUGAGAUCUUUUAAUUUGGAAGAAGAAAAUAAGAAAUGCCAAGAUAUAAGUCAUUUAUCUGUUUCACCCAUUUCUCUACCUAAACAGCAGUUGUCACAACCUUUUCUCAAAUCACCUGAAGAAUAUUGUACGUAUAUGGUGUGUAAUGCUACAAAUCCUUCAUUAUCAAGAAACUGUUCAUUAGACUUUAAUGAGGAAAAUGAUGCAGAUGAUGAAGGAGAAAUAUGGUACAACCCCAUUCCUGAGGAUGAUGACUUCAGUAUUUCAAAUGCCUUGAGUUUUGGUGAGACAGACUCUGCGGUUCUGAAGUUUCCUGAUGUCAAUUUGAGAGUGUUAUCUGGCAGUAACCUAAUGAAAGCAGAGCAGUACACUGAAGACUCGCUGUGCUGUUCGGAACACACAGGCGAUGUUCAGACCACACAGUCACACGAGAUAAGUCCUGUAGAUUCCAUCUGUCCCGCAGAGUUUGUGCAGCGGUACAAGCAAAGGCAUAGAUACAAGAUGCAAGAACGUAUAAUUAUAGAUGACAGUCCCAUGUUGAAAUCUCCUUUUUCAGGUCCUGGGAGUGUAGCUGCUACAAACAAGACUGAUUUGGGAGUUAUGGAACCAUCUUCACCAAGCCCUAGCCCUGUGAAAAAAGGCAGUUCAAUGAAUUGGUCUUUCCCGGAUAAAAUAAAGUCUCCACGAACCGUGAGGAAACUUUCCAUGAAAAUGAAAAAGUUGCCAGAACUUAGCCGAAAACUGAGUGUUAAAGGAACCUUGAAUUAUGUAAACAGUCCAGACAAUACUCCUUCUUUGUCUAAAUGUGACUGUCAAGAGAUUCAUCAUGCUGUUAUUCUACCUUCUGGGAAUACAACCACAGCUGCUAAGAGGAAUGUGAUAAGUCGGUACCAUCUUGAUACCAGUGUGUCUUCUCAGCCCAGCUAUCAGAAGAAAACCUCCGUGAGUUCUAAGUAUUCCUGCAAAGGUGGUUACCUCAGUGAUGGAGAUUCACCUGAACUGAUAGCCAAAUCUAGCAAAUAUGGAUUCGAAAACAAAUUUGCAAAAGGAAAAGACAUAAUUCCAAAUAGCAGCAGCAAGAAUGAACUAGACAUUGAUGCUUUUAGACAUUACAGCUUUUCUGAUCAACCUAAGUGUUCACAGUACAUAUCUGGGCUCAUGAGUGUGCACUUCUAUGGUGCUGAGGAUUUAAAACCACCUCGGAUAGACUCAAAAGAUGUCUUUUGCGCAAUUCAGGUUGAUUCAGUGAACAAAGCCAGAACAGCUUUGCUCACAUGUCGAACAACGUUUUUAGACAUGGAUCACACUUUCAACAUAGAAAUUGAAAAUGCACAGCAUUUGAAAUUAGUAGUGUUUAGUUGGGAACCCACUCCAAGAAAAAACCGAGUGUGUUGUCAUGGAACUGUUGUUCUUCCCACCUUAUUCCGAGUGACAAAGACACAUCAAUUGGCUGUCAAACUUGAACCUAGAGGUCUUAUUUACGUGAAAGUGACUCUUUUGGAACAGUGGGAGAAUUCACUUCAUGGGCUAGAUAUAAGUCGAGAACCAGUAGUAUUUGGUGUUGAUAUUCAAAAAGUUGUAGAGAAAGAAAAUAUAGGCUUGAUGGUACCACUCCUGAUUCAGAAAUGUAUUAUGGAAAUUGAAAAGAGAGGCUGUCAGGUAGUAGGCCUAUACCGAUUAUGUGGCUCGGCAGCAGUCAAGAAAGAACUUCGAGAGGCUUUUGAGAGGGAUAGCAAAGCUGUUGGUCUGUGUGAAAGCCAAUACCCAGAUAUAAAUGUAAUAACAGGUGUUCUUAAGGAUUAUUUAAGAGAACUUCCUUCUCCUCUGAUAACAAAGCAGCUUUAUGAGGCUGUAUUAGAUGCAAUGGCAAAAAAUCCUUUGAAAAUGUCAUCAAAUGGUUGUGAGAAUGAUCCAGGUGAUUCUCAGUACACUUUUGGCCUUCUGGAUUGUCUGCCUGAUGUUGAGAAGGCAACUCUAAUGAUGUUGUUGGAUCAUUUGAAAUUGGUGGCUUCUUAUCAUGAUGUGAAUAAGAUGACCUGCCAAAACUUGGCUGUGUGCUUUGGACCAGUAUUAUUAAGUCAGAGGCAAGAAACUUCCACCCAUAACAACAGAGUCUUUACUGAUUCCAAGGAACUUGCGACUGCUUUGGAUUUUAAAAAACAUAUUGAAGUUCUUCACUACUUACUUCAACUCUGGCCAGUGCAACGUUUAACUAUCAAAGAAUCAGCAAACAGUUUGUUCCCAGAGCAGAAGUCUUCUCUAAAUUAUUUGAGGCGGAAGAAAGAACGACCUUACUUGUUAAAUUUGAGUGGUACUGAAUCAUCAGGAGUACUCAGGCCAAGGCAAACCAGACUAGACAGUCCACUCAGUAAUCGUUAUGCAGGAGACUGGAGCAGCUGUGGAGAAAACUUUUUAAAUACGAAAGAAAAUUUAAAUACUGUGGAUUAUGAUGAUGUCCCUUCUGAAGACAGAGAAAAUGGAGAAAACUGUAGCAAAAUAUAUGAGCCAGACAUCACGACUGAACAGCCAACUCCUCUGUCCCAAGAGUGCACGUUUCAGACGUACUUGACAGUGCAGACAAUGGAGUCUAGAGUGGGCCGAAAAGUCAACCUCAAAGAUCUACAAGAAAGUAUUGAUACUUUGAUUGGAAAUCUAGAGAGUGAACUCAACAAAAGCAAGCUCAAUAUGAGUGUUUAAGGUUGAGAGUUUUUGCUUUUUCAUAACGUCUUAUGUUUCACAUCCAUCUUUCUCACUUUCUUGUAUCUCUCACAGUGAUGUUUUAAAUUUUUUACUCUUGAAACCUUCAGUUAUUUUCUAACAAGUUCAUGUAAUUCAAAAAACACCAUUCAUUACCAUAGUUUUUGCUUAUUUCAUCCGGAAGUUUUUCUUGAGGUAAAGAUAACCUGGACUUCUUUGUGGGUAGUUUUUAAAAUCUUGCCAAUGCUAUGGGUAUAAGUUUAAAAUGCACUUCUAAGAUUCAUAUAAGUUAUUAGCCCCUCAAGACUUUUGUACUUUAUAGAAACUGCUUUUCUGAAACAGACAUUCCUUCCCGUGGAAAGAAUGCAGCUGCUCCGUCUGAUUUGCAGUAUGAAUCCAUGCACACUGCAACAUCAUUCCAUCACAUUUCAUUCACAAUGCAAAUGCUGCUGUAAGAAAACAUUUUUAUAAAUUUUUACUUUUUAUAAAGUAAAAUUAUACAAAUAUUAAUGUAUUCUGUGUUAACAUUCAGUAAUUAUUUAAACUUAAAAAAAUAAGUAUUUUUGUAACCCCCAAUAUAUGUAUAUAUUUAUCAGCACAUAUAUGUAUAGACAUUAGAAUGGGGGGAAGGAUUGGCUGCAAAAUCACGUGUAUCUUUAAAGUAUAUGUCAUGAGGCCAAAAUAAUUAGCUUAAAAAUGUCUUUUUCAGGGAAAGAACAUUUAAGUUAACGGAGGAAUUGCAUAGAAACACUUGAACCAAAACACUAGGAACAUCUAAAUAGAAAAAAUAAGACUUUCAUUUUUGACUUACAGAAAGUCACAGUAUCCCCAGUGAGAAGUCAUCCUUUAAAUUGAAAUCUUCUAACAUUUUAAAGGAUUAAGUGCCAAGAUUUCUGCACUGGUGACUUAAAUUUAAAAAUCUUUACCUAUUUAUGCAUUUUUAUCUUCUGCUUUUUAAAACAAAGUAAUUAUACUUAGAACAUAUUUAUUUGUAAUAGUACAUAUAUAACUUUGACUUUAUAAUUACCUUCAUUUAUUUCUAAAGAAAUCUUGCCAGAAUACUACGUUAUUGAUUUUUAAAAAUUAACUUAUUUUGACUAAUUUUAUCUACAAGAUAGUCAUUAUAGCAAUCACAACAGUGUUUGAAAAUGUAAAUUUAGAAGUCUUUUUUUAUUAAAUUGGAAUGUAUUUUUUGUAAACUUUUAUACCUACGAAUGUGUAAUUUAAAAUUAUUAACAAAAUUUGAACUACCAACUUAAACGUGUAGCAGCCAUUAAAAAAACUGACUUCUUGAUGUUUUUUUAAAUAUUAAAGUAUUUAACUUUCUAUGCAAUAUACAUUGGUAAAUGGAAUACCAAGUAAUUUAAUUUGAAAAUUUACUUGUUAAAAGUCAGAUAAAUAACUAUUUUUAUAUGAAACUUUCAUUUUUAAAGCUUUAUAUAAUAAUUCAGAAAAAUGCCAAAAGAAUAUGUGACAGAUAUAUAUUAUUGAGUAAGUGGUCAAAAGAAAUGUACCCUAAAUAUUUUGUAAGAAGAUUGUCUCAGUCUUCUUCCUUUUGAGUGCUAUAUCACAUACUUUAUAUGAAUUAGUACCAGAAAUGUAAAAGCUUUAUUAAAACGUUAUAACCUCAGUGUCAUGCUAUUAUUAUGAUGAUUUUUAAGGAUGAUUUAUUUCAAAGUCAUUCUUUUUAAAUGAACAUGUUAAAGUAUUGGACCAUCAUAUAUUAUCCAUAAAUAUAUGUAAUAACAUUUUUUUUCCAAAAUUGAGUUUUCCAGAAUUUGCAAUACUUUAAGGGCCACAUAUUAUUUUGGAUGCUAAUAAUUUUAAAGUUAAUCUCUGCCGUCUUAAGUAUUAAUGGAAAAUACUAAACAUUUGUUGCUUAAAUCAGUCAUAAUAAACCUCUUCUGUUGACUGUGCUGUUUUAGAAGUACUCCAUUAGGUAUAUACCUUUAUUUAAAAUGGCCUUUUCAAAUCUUUUUUGAGUUUUUAUACCUACUUUUUAUAGUCUCCUGGAAUCUUCCCAUACAGCCAACUCUCAUUCCCCUGCCAGCCCUAAUGGUUUUUAGGAUUGAAAACAAAUUUAAUUUUAGUGCAUGUACCUGAACAAAGAUUUUAAACAAUUCAAGUAGAUUGAAAGUAAAAGUGCUCCUCCCUGCCAUCCACAUCAAUCUAACUUCUCAGAGGUAACAACCACUUUUUAUUCUUUAGGUAACUGCCUUUAUCACUCUAGGUUUACUACUGCUGUUUCUUGAUUUGUCAUUUAAGUGGUACCUGUUGACUGUCCGUUUUGAGUGAUAAGCAAUUUAUUUCACUCUAUUCCUCCUCCUCAUUUAUUUACUUAUUUAAAUUUUUAGUUUCUCUUUUGGUUGCUUCUAUGACUUUAAUAAAUUAUUCCUUGAUCCAUCAGUUUUAAAUGGUCUCUCUUGACCUCUUACCAUUGUGGAAAUGACCAACCCAGUACUUUCUUUCCAAUUCAUUACUGCCCUUUACCUCCCCAACUUCUGUAAGUUAUACUAUUAGUUUACAAAAUCAAUCAUUAAUAGAUGUGUAUUAUUUGGGGAAACUAUACUUUUGAUUUUCCUUUAGUAUUCUAAAAACUGCUAAUCAAUAACAAGUAGUUGUGCUAGAUUAUGCAGAAAUAUUCUUGGGUGAUAUUACCAUGUGAUUGUAUUUCCAGUCUUACAACCGUGAAGUCUGUAUACCGAUUUAAGCAGAAUGCAAACUACAGGUCAAAUGGAUUAUUUUAUCUUACAGCCAUCAGUUUCUCUAAAUCAUGUAUUAUUUGCUUCAUAAUGGCUUUUGAAGAUUUUAAUGUUUCCUGGAGUAAGUAAUUACCUUUUUUCUUUCUUGGAGAGAAGAAAAAUACUUUCUUUACUAUUACACUUCCUUUGUCAUUAAAUUACCAAAGUCGUUCAGACUACUUUUAGCUUUCAUCCUGGGAUUCCUGAAGGGUAUCAUUACCUUUAUUUUUCUUUGACAGAAGAAAAAUAUUUUCUUUACUAUAACCCAGGGAUCAUUUUAAGCUUCUUAAUUAACUUUAUCAAACUUGUGCUUGGCAAUUUUUAGCUGUUUGCUGGGAUAUAUUUUCUUUGCACUCCUAUGUGCUACUUUUUUUGUUUUGUAUUCUUAAUUUCAUUUUUUCCUUUUUGAUUUGUUUGCUGAAAUAUAAGUAGCCCUCUACCCCACCACUUCCCAAAAUCAGGCACAUGGGAGAUAAACUUUGAGUGCUUGCAUGUCUGACAAGGUCUUUAUUUAUUUUCCAUACUUCACUUUGAUUGGACUUGUCCUAUUUUCAAACUCAUUUUCCUUAGAACUUUGAAGACAUUUCCCUAUUAUCUUCUAGCAUCCAGCUUUGCAGUAAUCCAGGUAAGAAUGAUGGUGGUUCAGACCAGCAAGGAGACAAUAAGGUGGUGAGGAGUGAUUGUAUUUUCAAUACAUUUUGAAGUAGGAGCCAAAGAAAUCUGCCAGUGGACUGUGAGCGAAAGGAGUAAGUCCUGAG